UGCAAAUCAACCUUGUGAGGAAAGUGCAAUCUUGAACGAUUCCGAGUCCACAGCAACCCUGGCUGAUUUGAGAAUGUUUGUUUGGUGGGCCCGGGCAACUUAUCCAUCUGCCCAAUGAUAAUCGUCUCCUGUGCCUGCCUAGCUUUUCCCGAUUUCAUAUUUCACCCAGGUAGGUACCUACCUUGACCCAUAACAGUUUGAAGUACGUGCUGCUGUACCUGAAUGUCACCCAGCAAGCUAGGUACCCUCAAGUUACUGUGAGAAAAUUCUCGCGAAUCAAUACAAUCAUCCAACGAAAGUUGGAUAUGAGUCCUCACCUGUCUCAGCCUGGUGAAACGACCUACCGUCUUUCCGUCCGGCCUUUGUUCACCCCUGCGGCUGUUUUGACCAGUCGAAUCGCGCCUGAUGGCGUCGCACUCGUGGCUGCAGCCAACUACCAACAGCGAACAGUCAAUCAAACCGCCAAUCACCAAGCAGCAUGAUUCUACUCCGAAAUCCAUGCCGCCAUCGUUAAUUAACGAUAAUGUCGACGUGACUGAGGCCGCGUUAUCGCAGCCGAACGCGACAGAGCCCAAGCAACGAGUCAAAAUGAAGCGUACUUCGGGGAUCCAAGCUUCUAGGAUUGGACACGCUUUUAAGACCAGCGCGGCCAUGCGCUCUCUUAGUCACGGAAUGCAUCGUCCUCUUUUAGGCAAACAAGCGCAUAGCAUUUCUCUGAGCAAUGUACGGCAAACUCAUAUUUCUCCGCCGCAUAGACCCGCGACCCGGAUCGCCAGUUAUUUAACGGAUGAGGACGAGGAUGAUGAUGAGAACGGAUCAAGGUCCACUUCGGCCAGCAGCUCUAAUCUUGGCAAGCGAGAUCGAUACUGCGCCGAUUACCAAGAAAGUGACAUAUCUCCCCCAAGCAGCAAAAGGAUCAAAGGAGUUUCUCCUUUAGUCAAAUCUCUGCUAAAUGCUACGCAUGAUAGGCCUUAUACUAUCUACCGAGAUCCUAGUGGAGGUGACAAACAGGCUCGCGGUGCUCUUAUUCCCGAGGGCUAUACUGCCAGUCUGGAAGCUGGAAAGUACAUAUGGCCGUGCCCGGUCCGAAGUUGUGGUGUCAAGACAGAAACACUUACAGCCCUGGGCGAACAUUUUUCGACGUCUCAUCACUCUACUACUUUCAACGAUAACCGAGAUGGUUCAUUGUCAAAGCUUGGAACCUAUGGCCGCCUUGGGGAAAUGUUGCCUGGAAUUGUCGUGGCACAAGUGCCACGGAAAACCAGCAAGAAAGACUGGAUGCAAACAAACAAUGGAGAAGCUUUGAAAUCUAACAGACAACGGUCUAUCGACAGUCCUGGAUAUGGAGCGUCAACUCCUUCUAAAGAAGAUGGAAGACAACAGCACAAUUCAUCAAGCUUCAAACCAAGAAAUCAUGACAAGCUGGAUGUCCAGUUUGAGGAACGGGAACAAAAUUUGCAAGAUGAUUUCCAGCUCCGCAAUUAUUAUCCCAGCCAGCGAAAAUAUGCAACUGCGUCAACAUCACACGGCUCUACUCCGGCACAAAUACGAAAUAAAGCUGCUGUGACGAGGCAAAGGUCACCCGUGGAUAUAGUGGCGAAGUCAACUCGUAGAUUGACCGAGACACCUAUCCCAAUUCCUACACCAGGUCGAAAGAAUGCUCACAGAGCCGAGUCGCACGACUCGAUGGAGAUAGCGUCAACAAUCAUGGAUGGUGAAGCGGAUUCUUCUAACUUAUCAUCCGCCAACGCCGAAUCGGCAUGGGAGUUUUGUCUCAAAUAUACCAAAAUCCACAAAAGCAUACCGACCAACCUCUACGUUCCGGAAUUUCUCCAAAUGCCUUUCGUCCGCGAAAUGCAGUGGAACGAACCGUGGUUGGAAUACCAUCCAUGGACCGACUCUUCUCCGCGAGAUAUCACUUCAUUGCUGAUGCACAGGACUGGCGAGGUUUCCUCCAAGCCUUGUGAACGGUGCUCCAAGAAACUGGGACCAUAUUCCGGAUGCAUUACUAUUCCACUAGGAUUAAGUCCGGCCACGCAGAGCAUGAUUUAUUCAUGUUCUAAUUGCCUAUACCACGGCGGUAAUGCGAGAUGCUCGAUUAAGGAACAGCUGAAAAGUGAGUUUCAACAACGAUAUCCGGACUUUAAUCGAAAACAGGAAAACGCGCAGAUGCAGACGCAGCUGGAAGAGGACAACAGGGACAUCUCUCCAGAGUUGGCCGAUCCGGACCCGCUUUCCUCGGCUUCACCCCAGGCUGCUGCUACUCGAACCAGAGGCCCCCCUGUGAACUAUAACAUAAAAAAGCUUUCAAAGAAUUCGAUGGGGGUUGAUCGAAGCAAGCCCUCGAGAGCUAGGUCUCGGGAAGCCCCGGAUCCCUUGAAUCAAGAUGAUGAGGAGCACGAGGCUGCUUCCAAGCUGCGAACACCCAGGAAUUCGGACUUUGGCAUGACCGGAACAAACGGCCGCAAGGUAUCUAAUGUGCCUUUGCCAAGUCGCUCGCAUCCAAAGGUUACAGGCGUUCCUAAUGGAGUUCGUUCUACUCAUUCAGCCAUGACGACUGCGUCGGCUAUUGAUACCCCGGCGAAGGUGCCAAGGGUGGUUGAUGAAAAGAUGGAGACUUGGGAGGUUGGUCCAGGGUUUGUUCGCAACGAGGAAUCUGACAAAAUCGCCUUUUCAACGGCGUAUUUGAACGGCCCAAACCCGGUUCAUAUUGCAGAUGGGGUAUCAUGCCGUAUUGAAUUUUUAAAGGCUGGAUGUUCAAAGACUUUCGAUGCAGAGAAUACGCUUCGAAUCUGUUGGGUCAGCAGCGGAAAGGUAGAGGUGGAGCUGGAUGGUAAGAAGUUCAGCGUGGGCGGGCCUGGAGGAAUCAUCAAAAUAAGCAAGGGCUCAAAGGCAGUUGUGUUCAACACGCGCUAUAUCGAUGCCUGUUUGCAGAUCACCGCGAUCGCGGUUGAAGAUUAACCAUGCGUAGCAUUGAAAUUAUGUUUUUUGUAGGCUUUUGAAUGGACUCGGACGCC